AAGCACUGAUAGGGGCGCAGGAGGGAAGGAGGGAGUAAUCGAGAGAAAGAGAGAGAGAGAGUGAGAGAGGGGAGUGGAAAGAAUGAGAGGAGCACAGCAGCCUGAAUGGAGUGGAGUGCAGAGUAACAGUGGAAGAUCAGGCAGGACAAAGGGAAGAGAUCUAUCAAAGAAGGAGAAAACCAUCCGGAAAAAGAAAAGACUGGAAUAGAUGUGAAGGACGGUAAUUCUGGGAGGCGGCGAGGAAGGAUAAAACUGAAAUUGAAGAAAGUGUUUGUUUUGUUUCUUUUUGCCACUGGGAGCUGUACCCUUGCGUCGUGACUCUUUGCACGUGUUUGCGUGCCCGUGUCCAGAAGGUGCAGGCGAAAGACUGAACACCUGUAAUUCUGAGAUGACAGGUUGUAACAGUUUUUUGUUUUUAGCUCGCACGCGUUGUGACUGUCUCUGCAGCAUUUUUGCCUACCUGCUCCGCGUUUGACCUUCCUUAGUCAGCAGGUAGAGUGUGACUGCGGAGAGAGAGAGAGGGAGAAAAAGAAGGGAAACAAGACGAGGUGGAGAGAGGGAGCGCCUACAGAAAAACACAGAAGGAGAGAGAGAGAGUGUUAAAGUGGAGUAGCAGCCAGGGGAGUUGUUGCAUUGUGAUUGGUGUGCCUGCGCCGUCUGCACUAUCCUCGCAAUGCAAGACGUGUUCUCUACUGCAUCAGGCGUCUCCGGCGGUACAGGGCAAGCCUGACUACUCGAUUUUAACCAGAAAGGUCGGACCCUUAAUCAGCCUGCAGCUCCUUAAACCUGGAUGCCGUCCAGACUGGUUGACUAGACGCAGUAACUGAACGGGAGUCGCGUCAACUUCUUGAAGGUCCCCCCCUUUUCUUCUGAUUUUUGUUCAUUUUUUUCAGUAGAUUUUUAAAUGUUAGUUUUAUGAAUCCUCUGGAUAAAAUGGAUACGUCAGAUAACCCCCAAGGGCUGCCCGCUCGUGCUCCCAGGGUGGGAGACGCUAAGACCGGGGAAGCUAGAAUGGGAGAGGGGAUGAGAGACACCCCACUGAGGCUGUCACCUUUCCGUAUGCUUCGAGUGCUGGACUCGUGCCGUCCUCCUGGAAACCGUAUUGGUAUCGUCCAUGAAAAUGUGAAGAUGGGUUCAGAUGGAGAGAGCGACCAGGCAUCCGGGACGUCUUCUGAUGAGGUCCAGAGUCCAGUGAGGGUCCGAAUGAGGAACAACCACCAUCGGCGCAUCUCCAAUGAGGACAUAAACAAACGCUUGUCUCUCCCAGCUGACAUCAGGCUACCGGAGGGCUACUUGGAGAAGUUUGCCAUGAACAGCCCUCCCUUUGACAAACCCAUGAGCCGCAGGCUACGACGCGCAUCACUGUCUGAAAUCGGCUUUGGGAAACUAGAGACCUACAUCAAACUGGACAAACUAGGGGAGGGGACGUAUGCUACGGUGUUUAAGGGUCGAAGCAAGCUGACGGACAAUUUAGUAGCUCUGAAAGAGAUCCGACUGGAGCACGAGGAGGGGGCGCCCUGCACAGCCAUCCGAGAAGUGUCUCUGCUGAAAGACUUGAAGCACGCCAAUAUUGUCACUCUUCAUGACAUUAUCCACACUGACAAGUGCCUGACACUCGUGUUUGAGUACCUGGAAAAAGACCUGAAACAAUAUAUGGAUGACUGUGGGAGCAUCAUGAGUGUUCACAAUGUCAAGAUCUUCUUAUUCCAGCUUUUAAGAGGUCUCGCCUACUGCCACAGAAGGAAGGUCCUCCACAGAGACCUCAAACCCCAGAACUUGCUCAUCAAUGAAAAAGGGGAACUCAAACUGGCAGACUUCGGUUUGGCACGAGCCAAGUCAGUACCUACAAAGACGUACUCCAAUGAAGUGGUGACACUAUGGUACCGGCCACCAGAUGUGCUGCUGGGCUCCACCGAGUACUCAACACCCAUUGACAUGUGGGGUGUGGGUUGUAUCUUUUACGAAAUGAUCACAGGCAGGCCUCUCUUCCCCGGAUCGACUGUGGAGGACGAGCUUCACCUCAUAUUCCGCAUCCUCGGUACUCCCACGGAAGAGACUUGGCCCGGUAUCACCGCCAGCGAAGAGUUCAAGACGUACAAUUUCCCCCGCUACCACGCAGAGCCCCUUGUCAACCACGCACCCAGGAUAGACAACGACGGUCAUGACUUGAUCUCAAUGCUCUUACAGUUUGAGGCAAAGAAGCGCGUAUCAGCUGAGGACGCUCUCAGACACUCGUACUUCAGGAGUCUCGGGGAGCAGGUUCAAACACUGGUUGACACUGCAUCAAUCUUCUCCGUAAAAGGCAUUCAGCUCCAGAAAGAUCCAGGGAAGAGAUCCUCGACCUACCCAGAGUCAACGAUGGCCCAUAGGCUAGGCUCUGCACCCUCGCAGUACUUCCAGAGAGACGCAGCCAAUCCCAGGGCUCAGAGUCACAAUCUCUCGUCCACUUCCACUGGCUGAGUGGGCCCUACUGUUCUGGCCAGGGGAAGAACAGGAGGCAGAGUGUGUUGUUUUAGUGCUGGCGGGGCCGAUGAGAUGAGGCGAGGAGGACAGCGCCGCGCGGAGCUGUCUAGUCGGACGUGCAUCCACUGACCCUGCCGCACGCACACCGAAGGAGUGACACACACACACACACAUCUUGCCACGAAAACCACACACUGAAGAAAAAAAAAAGACACACACACACCACCCAGAAAUAAGGCUGAAAAAUUCAUAGUUAAAUAUAAAGACUGAGCUCAACCCUAAAGACGACAACAAAUGGAAAAAAACAAAAACAAAUAAAUAAGUAAUAAUAAUAAAAAAAAACGUGCGCCAUGCUGGAAGAAAAGUGGGAGAGUUCCAAAUUCUCCUUGCUGCUACUACCGCUGCUGCCCAGAGGAGGGCAGCGUUUAGGAGGUGAGCUGUUUUCACACAGAACUUGCUGUAUCAGUGAGCUGUAACGAAGGAGGAGUCCAAGUGGAGUCAAAAGCAAAACGAGAGACGAAACCAUGUGGCUCUCUUUUCGUUUCCUCCCAAAACUAUUCUUGUACAUAAAGAGACUGAGCUGUAGAACUCCGCUUUUUUCACGCCUCAACCUGAAUCCAGACUCUAAAUAUUGCACCUGAACCCUCGCGUAACCUCUUGACCCUUUAUUACGUGACCUUUAAAGACAACACACACAGUUUCUCUCUCUCUCUCUCUCUCUCUCUCUCUCUCUCUCCCUUCUUCUCCUCCUCCUCCUUCUUCUUAAACACAAACUGGUGGUUCACUUGAAAGUUACGAGUGUGUAUAUUGGAGUUUACAGAGAUAAUCUUUUGCACCUUAUCGUCCAGUCGAGGUUUCAGGGUGGCCGUCAUUACUUUACCUCAUCAGUCACUCAAGCAGUGUAGGAUGUGACGUACUUGCUAGACAUAUUGGAGUGAAGAAGAAAUCCAAAUGACAAACCAAAAAAAAAAGAAAAAAAAAUGAAACGAACAACAAUAAUGAUAACUCAUAGGAGAUUCAUGGGAAAUGGACGGGCGUAUUGCACACUUCACUGCUCUACAUUUUUGAAGCCACUCCGCAAGCAGAAUCUACAUUUGUCGCGUUGCUGUAAAGGACACCGCGAGAUGCUCCCGUUUGAGUCCGCGAGAAGGACAACGGUGGAGGACGGAGGUAUAGGAAGUGUACAAAUCCUCACCUGCUUACUCUUAGACACCCCCUUACUCUUUCGCCUUGACUCAGAAGCUGUCUUGAUUUGUCGUCCGACCUACGGGUGUCGAUGUUGAACUGUUCUCUCUGCGCCUAAUUUUUACCUCUUUAGAUUAGACCAUUUAACAGCCCCGCCUUCUCCUGCCUAACUUUCUGUGCUUCUAUUUUUACUAUAUUUUUUUUUAAAUCUGUAUAUAUGAUCAUAUGUUUUACUUGUCAGAUGGCAAUGAUAAUUCCAGGAUGCUGUUCUCAGUCUUUUACAGUAAGGCGACUGGCUGGGGACGUGUUGCACAUUCCUUGAGCUCAGGACUUAUUGCUAGUGUCGUAUUUGUCGGAUGCCGUGAGGUACAGAUGGGUCUGGUAUGUCUCCCUUCCCGGUAGAGAAUGUUAAACGUGUAGCCUGAAACCCUUUUGCAAAACUCAUUUGAAAUUGUACGUGGAGAUUCUCUCCGCACUGAUCUUCGUCUGUCUUCUGCGUCACCCCGUUCAUUUGACCAUAGAGGCUACCUGUCUCACGUCCUUUCUUGUCAUCUCGUUAAGCAUGUUUCCUUAUUAAACACAGAUGUUUUUAAUUGGUAUGUGAAGUAGCUGGGGGAUAAUAAUAAAAAAAAACGACAAUAAAAGGAACACCUUGUUUAAAAUUUUUGCAUGAGACAUCACAUGAUUUUUACACCGCGUAACAUCUGUAAACCUCAAACAACACGAAAGACGAGGUUGUUCAGUAACUGUGUGAUGUGCUGGCAGCACUGGGACCAGCUAGCGUGACAAAUCUGACCCACCUUCCAGGUUUAGUGGCAACCGUUGUGUAGCCUGUCCAACUGGGCUCUCUGAUUAUUUCAAAGGACUUGAAGCACUCAAACACGCUGUUGUCUCAUGCUGUUAUUAUUCCAAGCUGCCAGAAACAACAGGACCAAAGUCAGUCCUCCCAAGCUGCAGGUGUCCAAGCACACAACUGUUUCACACACCAAUCAGUUCGACACGUCUACAUGUACUGUAUCUCUGAGGUGGCCUGUGAGUGUAGAUCGGAGUCUCCCGUUCCUCGGGCGCCGACGUCGGGUCACUUCUGCGUCUUGGAUUCAGAAAGUGAUCCCAUGUCCGUGCCUGGUCGAAGGACUACUUAUUUUCCCAGAGUGUGACCGUAUGUAGCAUGUACAUAGGUGAUCCCUCACUCUGUAUAUACUAAUCUGUACAGGUUUGAUACAGCUAUUCACAUUCUGGGUUUUUAUUUUUUUAUUUUAUUUUUUAUUUUUUGCUUUUCUUUCAUGAAAGUCAUAGCAAUAUUUCUGUAAUCAAUAAAAAAAGCCAUGGUAAUAGGA